CCGAACAAGAAAAAUGUUGGUACUGAGAAACCGCAUGCUCGCUUCUCUCGUAUUGCCUCCUCCUUCACCGCUACUUUGUAAACCCACAACUUUCGGUUUCUGUCUCCCAACCCUUCUAUCCCACUCGACCCGCCGCCGGAACCCGACACAGAAUGCCUCCUCGGCCUCCAAGACCACCCAGAGCCCACCAAUGGCCGACGCGGCCCGGUUCGUCCGGACCGUCCUGUUCGUGCCGCCCGGGGUAGAGCCGGACGAAGUCACCGAUGAGAUGGUCCUGCCCGGAUCCAACAUCGUGGUCGGACCCUACGCGGGUGACGCCCGGAUUCGGGAGGUGGAGUUCAUGAAGAGUAGUCCGCGGGCCAAGGAUUGCCCCAAAGAUGGCCGGCCCGAGUUUGCCAUUCUGGGUCGCUCUAAUGUCGGCAAGUCUUCGCUUAUCAAUGCCCUCGUUCGCAAGAAGGAAGUUGCUCUUACAUCUAAGAAACCAGGAAAGACUCAGCUUAUCAAUCAUUUCUUGGUGAAUAAGAGCUGGUAUAUCGUGGAUUUGCCUGGUUAUGGGUUUGCUAAAGCCCCAGACGCUGCUCAAAUGAAUUGGUCUGCAUUCACUAAGGGCUAUUUUUUAAACAGAGAUACCCUUGUUGCUGUCCUACUUCUCAUUGAUGCAAGUGUUCCACCGCAGAAGAUUGACCUAGACUGUGCCAAUUGGCUUGGACGAAACAAUAUACCAAUGACUUUCGUUUUCACAAAAUGUGACAAAAUGAAGGCAAGCAAAGGAAAAAGGCCUGAUGAGAACAUCAGAGACUUUCAACAGCUGAUCAAACAAAACUACCGGCAACAUCCCGCAUGGAUCAUGACUAGCAGUGUCACUGGUUUGGGCAGAGAUGAGCUUCUCCGACAUAUGUCGCAGCUAAGGAACUACUGGGAUCAGUAGGAACAGAUUCAAAAUAUUGCGAAAUGUAAUCCAUUUAAAGAGAAGGUAGGAUUUUUAAUUGAAAGAAAACGUGCAAAGCUAAAAAGAAAGAAAGAUACAUCGUUAUCAUAACUAUGAGAAGCACAAAAACCUUAAACCCUAUGGACUUGAACCGGGUUGCCUACAGUGUCUUUCUAUUGCCUUCAUGUCCUGAUUGAAUCCUUCUGAAAUGUAACAGAGAUUUGUAUAUUGACUCAAAGCUGGGAUAACAUUCUCCAUGUGUAUAUAAAUGAAUGAUAUCUUGUGCUUUG